CAGAAACAAGGCCCUCGACAGUAGAAGUAAUCACCCCCAAAGUCUAUAGUGAGAUCUACAUAUUCUAUUCACUCAAGUACUCAAGACUGACCUUUUUCACUUCCAUGAUCUUCAUUAUCCCAUUCAUUCUCUUCUGCUGAAUCUCCAUAAACUCAUUCAUCAUCUCUUUGUUUGAUUUUCUUAUUUGCUCUCUGGUUGUUUCAGUCUCCUUGUUUUGGUUUUACUUCUUGUUUACAUUUUUUGCUCUACUUCUCAAAUUAAAAAGCCAACUCAAUAUCACAAGGAAAAAAGAAAAAUAUUAGUACGUCUUAGUAGAGUCAUGCCUGCUCUGCAAAUGUCAUUUGCUUUUAGUUUGCAUCUGUUUCCAGAAAGAACAUUCUUCUGAUUUUACUUCUUGUUUUCAUUAUUUGCUCUGUUAAAGAAAAAGAAAAAGAAAACGUAUUGCAUUUGAAGAGUAUCCAAGAAAGAAAAAAGAAACAUCCUUUUGUGUUUACUGUACUUCUAAUUUCCUAGUUUGAAAAGCAAAUUACAUAUCCUCCAUUCUUUAAGCUGAGUCUAAUUUACCAGAUUGAUUACCUUCAUACUUGGGUCAUUCAAUUGUAAGCCAAAGGAAUUUAAAGAGAUAAGCUUCAUUCGCAGCACUUAAGAGAUGGAUUGCAUUCACUGGCACUCCAAGUUAAUCAGUUUGAAGAGAAUCUAGCUUGAUUUAUAACGUACCAAAAGAGAUAAGUCAACUCUAAUUGAAGGAAGUACUGGUUAGAAGAGCAACCGCUUUAUUCAUAAUCCAAAGCUGUUCAGGUGUUCAGAUGAAUUAUAUUUGAAUACUUCCCCGUCAGUCUGAAGAAUUUGAACAACAAUUAGCUUGAUUCAUAGCCAAAAGGAAUACGGUAAAUAAUAGACUGAAAGUUUAAUGGACUUUAUUACUUCUAUUGUCUCUGGAGUUAUCGUAAAGAUUGCUGAGACUACAGUUGUACCACUUUAUCGCCAAGUGGGUUAUGUUAUUCACUACAAAAGCAACCUUCAAAAUCUGAGGGAUCAAGUGGAGAACCUAGUUUGUGCUAAAGACAGGAGGCAACACACUCUUGAUGAUGAAGUCAAAAGAAAAGGUAAAAGAGUUGAACGUGAUGUCGAGAACUGGCUCACAAAAGUGGAUGAGAUUACUCAAGAGGUUGACAUUUUCUUGGAAGAUGAACGCCAUGCAAAGACCAAGUGUUUCCAUGGAUUUUGUCCUAAUCCAAUUCUUCGAUAUCAGCUCAGCAGAAAAUCAACAAAAUUGGUGCAGAAGGUUGAAUUCCAUGAAAAGAGAGAAUUUACCACUCUUUCAUACAGUGUUCCCCCACAAGAUAUAUGCAAUAUUCAAUCCCGAGAUUACCUAGCUUUUGAAUCAAGGCUUUCGAUUGUGAAAGAUAUCAUGGAGAAACUGAGAAAUCCGGAUACCAACAUGAUUGGCGUGUAUGGAAUUGGUGGUGUGGGUAAGACCACACUGGCCAAAGAAGUCUAUAGACAAGCUACAGAACAGAAGUUAUUUGAUGAUGUUAUUAUAGUACUAGAUGUAAAACUGAUUCCAGACUUGGAAGGAAUUCAAAAGCAAAUUCUUGAAAAGUUAGGCAUGAAGGUUGUUGAUGGUCAAAGUAUAGCUAUAAGAGCGUCUCUUCUAUGGGAUAGGAUAAAAGACAAGAAGGUUCUUAUCAUUUUAGACGAUGUUCCAGAAAGAAUUUAUUUGGAGACUAUGGGAGUUCUGAAUGAGCCAAAUUGUAAUCUAAUGUUCACAGCUAGAGAUCGAAGAGUUUUAUGCUCUGAGAUGCGUACACAAGAGGAUUUUCGGCUUGAUGCUUUGGGAGAAAUAGAAACUUGGAAUUUGUUUGAGAAGGUGGCUGGUGAUAUUGUUAAAGAAAACCCUAUAAGAACCGUAGCCAAAGAAGUUGCCAAGAAGUGUGGAGGUCUGCCAAUUUUAGUGGUCGCUGUUGCAAGUGCCUUGAGAGUUGGUACUUUACAUGAGUGGAAGGAUGCCUUGAGAAAGUUAAAAAAGUUUGACAUGAAAGAAUUGGCAGAAAAAGCAUGGUUAACUCUAGAGUGGAGUUACAAUCAAUUAGAUGCUGAAGAGCUUAAACCACUCUUCCUCCUUUGUGGAAUUUUUGCUUGGGGUAAUUAUUCGAUGGAUCUCAAUGACUGCUUCAAAUAUAGUAUGGGAUUGGGUUUGUUGAAAAAAGUGGACACAAUGGAAGAAGCACAAGCUGCAUUUCAUUCGUUAAUUAAAAAGCUUCAAAACUAUUGUUUGUUGCCAGAUCAGCAAGCCGUUAUUGACAAUACAUUUGUCAGAAUGCAUGAGCUUGUCCGCAAUGUUGCCGUCAUGAUUGCACGCAGAGAUCAACAUGUCCUCGUAAGAGAAUCUACAGAGCUGUUUAAAGAAUGGCCGAAUAAAGCUUUUAUUGAAAAAUGCACUAUGAUCUUUCUCCGUUUGUCCAAUGUUCCCAGACUUCCUGAAGUCCCUAGUCAAUGUCAAGAACUAAAACUGUUUGCCUUGGAAAGUAGGGAUCAGUCGCUACAAAUAGGGUCCAACUUCUUCAAAGACAUGAAAGAACUCAAAGUGUUAGAUUUGUCCGGGUUUCCUGUGCCAUCACUUCCUGCAUCUCUUCAGUUCCUAACAAAUCUUCAAACGUUGUGUUUAGACCGGUGCGUGUUGGGAGACAUAGCCCUAGUUGGACAACUAAGAAGUUUGAAAAUUCUUAGCUUGUUGAAAUCCAAACUUACACAGUUGCCCGAAGAAAUAGGGCAGCUUACCAAUCUACAGUUGUUGGAUUUGACCGGUUGCUCAAAACUUGUACUGAUUCCACCUAAUGUUAUAGCGAGCUUAAAAAGUCUUGAAGAUUUGAGAAUGGGAGGAAACAGCUUUAAGCAAUGGGAGGCUGAAGGAAUCGUGGGUAGCAAAAGAAGAACAAAUUCUAGCCUUUCAGAGCUGAAGCAGUUGUCUAAGCUAACCGCAUUAGACAUCCAUAUUCCGGAUGCUAGAGUUCUUCCAUCAGGCUUGUUAUUGCACUUGGAAAGAUAUCAUGUAUUCAUCGGUGAAGAGUGGAAAUGGCUUUCUUUUGAUAAUAGUUUCAACACGCUAAAGCUCAAGCUAGCAACAAGCAAUCAAUUGGACGGAGGUCUAGAGAUGUUGGUGAAGAAAUCUGAGCAUUUGUACUUGGAUGUAAUGGAAGGUGUCAAUGAUAUAUUUCAUCUAUUAAAUAGUGAUGGUUAUCAGCAACUGAAACAUCUCCAAGUCCAAAACAAUGCUGAGAUUACAUAUGUCAUCAAUCACAACGUCUUCCAGAAAUUACAAUCUUUGACAUUGAUGAAUCUACCAAAGCUUGUUAGUUUCUCCUCCAACAGCAGAACAGUUGUUGCAAUUACAACGACGAAUGAGCAAUUGAAGACUGAUGGAGAGUGUAAAGAAAUCAUUUUGGAGAAUGAGAUCGAGAGUCCUGUGCAACUUUUCAAGAAUGGAGAGAUUGUGAUGCCAAACUUAACAAUCUUGAUUGUGCAUAAAUGUGAUGGUUUAAGAUUCUUGCUAUCAUCUUCCAUGGCUAAGAGUCUUGUACAACUCAAACAUCUUGAGGUACACAACUGUCAAAUAAUGGAAGAGAUUAUAUCAACAAAAGAAUCCGGUGAAGAAAUGACUACAAAGGACAUCUUUUGUAAGCUGAACCAUCUUCAACUACAACAUCUACCACAACUCACAAGAUUCUGCGUAGGAAAUUAUAUUGAAUUUCCGUCCUUGGAGAUAUUGCAUUUAGAAGAUUGUACUAAACUGGAGACUUUCAUCUUUGAUCAUGCUAUGAUCAAAAGUGCAGAAACUGAUUCAAAGGAUAAUCUUGAGACUCCUGGACCAUAUUUUUUGUUUGAUGACAAGGUUGGAUUUCCAAGCUUGGAGAGAUUGGUCAUUUAUGACCUUCCUAAGUUGAUAACAGUAUGGCACAACCAACUUUCUCAGGACUCCUUUUGCAGACUCAGAAAAGUUGACGUAGGAAGAUGCCACAAUCUAAUAAAUAUCUUUGCUGCUAGUAUUAUGGGAAGAUUGAAUGCUCUGGACACCUUACAGAUACGUAAUUGCAAGUCAAUACAGGGGGUAUUUGAACUUGAAGGAAUCAAUGUUGAGAGACAUGAUGACCCAUCAACUACUCAGAUGAGGAUGUCUUAUUGUCAAAAUCUCGAUCUAAUAGAAAUAGAUUCAUGUGAGAGUUUGAAGAAUAUCCUUCCAGUAUCAGUGGCCAAGGGUCUUGAGCAACUAAGGAAGCUGAGUGUGACUAAUUGUGAUGGAGUGGAGGCAAUUGUUGCAAAGGAAGGACAAGAAACCACCCCUAACUUUGUGUUCCCGAAAGCAACGUCUGUGACAUUUUAUUAUCUGCCCAAGAUCAAGUGUUUCUAUAAUGGGAGGCACACUUCCAAGUGGCCGUUGCUCAAAGAAUUAUGGGUGAAUGGAUGCCGAAAUGUGGAUAUAUUUGGCUCGGAAUUUUCAAGAUUUCAGGAAAACCUUGGGUCUACACAGCCUUUUUUCUUAAUUGAGAAGGAUUCAUUCCCCAACUUGGAAUAUUUGACUUUGGGAGGCACGGAGAUGGAGAUUUGGGAUGGUCCACUCCCAGCGGAGUUGUUUACCAAGCUGAAGCAUCUUGACAUUGCAUCUUCACACUUCAAGUCAUCAGAUGCUUUUCUUCAAAAAUUACACAACCAGCUUGAAAUACUUCAGGUGAAUGAAUCCCUUUUGGAGGAGAUAUUUGUCGAUCAAGGAAAUGGUAGUGGAGAAAUACAUGCAGUUGUGACCCUCCCUCAUUUAACAUCUUUGAAACUUUCAGAAAUGAACAUGCUAAUGCAUCUAGGGAAGGAGAACUCCCAACCAAUUAUUCCAAAUUUGGAAAUUCUAGAGGUGUCACUCUGUGGGAAAUUAAAGAAUCUAAGCUCACCAGCAAUAUCCUUUCAGAAUCUCAAAACUCUGAAAGCAAUUGGUUGUCAAGGGCUGGAAUAUUUGAUAACUAGCUCGAUUGCCCAGAGUCUAAUGCAACUCACACAUUUGGAAGUUAAGGAUUGUGAAGGACUGGUGCAAAUAGUGGGAAGCAGCAGCGAAGAUGAGGCAGGAAAUGAGAUUGCUUUUAACAGGUUGGAGCAUUUGGAACUGUCCGGAUUGCCCAGUUUGCAACGUUUUUUCUCGGCUAACAUGCUUUCUCAUCAAUUUACAAUUUGCGAUGAAAUUGAAGAGAGUGGUGAUACGAAGGAGAAUCUUGAUGGUGCUGUACAAUACUUUCUAUUUGACAAAAAGGUUGGAUUUCCAAGCUUGGAGAGAUUGGUCAUUUAUGACCUUCCUAAGUUGAUAACAAUAUGGCACAACCAACUUCCUCAGGACUCUUUCUGCAGACUCAGAAAAGUUGACGUACAAAGAUGCCACAAUCUAAUAAAUAUCUUUGCUGCUAGUAUUAUGGGAAGAUUGAAUGCUCUGGACACCUUACAGAUACGUAAUUGCAAGUCAAUACAGGGGGUAUUUGAACUUGAAGGAAUCAAUGUUGAGAGACAUGAUGACCCAUCAACUACUCAGAUGAGGAUGUCUUAUUGUCAAAAUCUCGAUCUAAUAGAAAUAGAUUCAUGUGAGAGUUUGAAGAAUAUCCUUCCAGUAUCAGUGGCCAAGGGUCUUGAGCAACUAAGGAAGCUGAGUGUGACUAAUUGUGAUGGAGUGGAGGCAAUUGUUGCAAAGGAAGGACAAGAAACCACCCCUAACUUUGUGUUCCCGAAAGCAACGUCUGUGACAUUUUAUUAUCUGCCCAAGAUCAAGUGUUUCUAUAAUGGGAGGCACACUUCCAAGUGGCCGUUGCUCAAAGAAUUAUGGGUGAAUGGAUGCCGAAAUGUGGAUAUAUUUGGCUCGGAAUUUUCAAGAUUUCAGGAAAACCUUGGGUCUACACAGCCUUUUUUCUUAAUUGAGAAGGAUUCAUUCCCCAAUUUGGAAUAUUUGACUUUGGGAGGCACGGAGAUGGAGAUUUGGGAUGGUCCACUCCCAGCGGAGUUGUUUACCAAGCUGAAGCAUCUUGACAUUGCAUCUUCACACUUCAAGUCAUCAGAUGCUUUUCUUCAAAAAUUACACAACCAGCUUGAAAUACUUCAGGUGAAUGAAUCCCUUUUGGAGGAGAUAUUUGUCGAUCAAGGAAAUGGUAGUGGAGAAAUACAUGCAGUUGUGACCCUCCCUCAUUUAACAUCUUUGAAACUUUCAGAAAUGAACAUGCUAAUGCAUCUAGGGAAGGAGAACUCCCAACCAAUUAUUCCAAAUUUGGAAAUUCUAGAGGUGUCACUCUGUGGGAAAUUAAAGAAUCUAAGCUCACCAGCAAUAUCCUUUCAGAAUCUCAAAACUCUGAAAGCAAUUGGUUGUCAAGGGCUGGAAUAUUUGAUAACUAGCUCGAUUGCCCAGAGUCUAAUGCAACUCACACAUUUGGAAGUUAAGGAUUGUGAAGGACUGGUGCAAAUAGUGGGAAGCAGCAGCGAAGAUGAGGCAGGAAAUGAGAUUGCUUUUAACAGGUUGGAGCAUUUGGAACUGUCCGGAUUGCCCAGUUUGCAACGUUUUUUCUCGGCUAACAUGCUUUCUCAUCAAUUUACAAUUUGCGAUGAAAUUGAAGAGAGUGGUGAUAUGAAGGAGAAUCUUAAUAGUGCUGUACAAUACAUUCUAUUUGACAAAAAGGUGGGAUUACCUAGAUUGGAAACACUGAUCGUCCAUGACCUACACAAGUUGAUGACAAUAUGGCACGAACAACUUGCUCCAGACUCCUUUUGUAGGCUCAAAACAGUUGAUGUUCAGAGAUGCAGCAGUCUAAUAAAUAUCUUUGGGGCCAGUAUUCUGGGAAGAUUGAAUGUUCUCGACGCUUUGAAGCUAAGGCAGUGCCAGUCGCUACGACUGGUAUUCGAACACGGAGGAAUCAAUGCUGAAGAAGAAGAUGAUACAUCAAUCACUCCGUCCAAAUUGCCUGAAUACUGUCAGAAUUUGGUUUCAGUGGAAAUAGAUUCCUGUGAGAGUUUGAGGAAUAUCUUUCCAGCCUCAGUAGCCAGAGGUCUUCAGCAGCUGAGGAAGCUGAGUGUAAAGAAUUGCGUUAGAGUGGAGGAAAUUGUUGCGAUGGAAGGACUGGGAAUGACAACACCUGAGUUUGUGUUCCCAAACGCAACAUCUGUGAUCUUUCAAAAUCUGCCACGACUUUCAAGUUUUUAUCCAGGGAUGCACGCUUCCGUGUGGCCUCUACUCAAGGAGUUGAGAGUGAAGUUCUGUGAUAAUGUGGAGAUUUUUGCCGUGGGCCUUGUGGGUACAGCUAUCAGGCAACCUUUGUUUCUGAUCGAGAAGGGUUCAUUCUCCAACUUGGAACUAUUGCACUUUUACUCAAAGGUCGGUGCAAUGAAGAAUUGGUGGAGUCUACUCCCAGCAGAGUUCUUCAGCAAACUAAAAUCUCUUUGGUCUCAAUCUGGUGUGUUUCAAUCUGGUUUCCUUCAGUAUUUACCUCAUCUUGAAGACCUUGUGCUUUAUGGUUUUGAGAAAGAAGUAUUUGUCCAUGAAGGAAUUAGUAGUGGGGAAAUUCAGGCAGUUGGGACACUACUCCCGCACUUAAAGCGUUUGACGCUAUAUAUAAUGCCGGAGCUGAUACAUCUAGGGAAGGAAAACUCCCAACUAGUUAUUCCAAAUUUGGAGUUUCUACGGGUGACACUUUGUGGGAAAUUAAAGAAUCUAACAUCACCUGCAGUAUCCUUUCAAAAUUUAAAAACUUUGAAAGUCCGUUCCUGCCACGGACUGGAAUAUUUGACAACUUACUCGAUAGCCCAAAGCUUAACGCAACUCACACAUAUGGAAGUUAAGGAUUGUCAAGAACUGACAGAGAUAGUGGCAAGUAGCAACCAAGAUGAUGAUGCAGUAAAUGAGAUUGCAUUCAUGAGAUUACAACGUUUGGAACUUUCUGGUCUACCAAGUCUCCGAAGAUUUUGCUCCGGAAAUUGUUUAGUUAAAAUCCCAUCCUUAGGCAUUUUAACCGUUACUGAAUGCCUGAUCGACAUGAAGAUUUCCCCUGAUCAGGUACUCCUGAGCAAUUCAAAACCAGAAAGGUUGAAGUUAAUAGAGGAAGAGGCAGAAUAUCAUGACAAAUCGGAAGGAUCGGGUACAACUAGAACUCAAGCUACAUAAGAUAUGAUGCACCUGUCCGAGUGGAAGAGUAUUCCUAAAUAACAAAACCAGAAAUAGUGGAAAUAACAGAAUCAGAUGAUGACGGUGAUUGAUGAACUGGCACAAAUGCUGAACUAAACUUGUACUGAAGGAAGAGAUUGUUAAUCACAGCUUCACAGGCCUACAGCUGAAAGGUUCGGCAAUCACAAGCUUUCUUCAGCUUAUUUUAGCAGAGAAAAGCACAAAAAGCCUUUUGAUUGGUGCUAACUUUGCAUCAGCUGGUUCUCGUUAUCAUGACUCUGCUGGAAAGUUGAAUCGUGCAAUUCCACUGUGUCAACACUCGAACACUCAGAAGGUGCACUAUAAGGUGACUAAAGCCAGUGCUUCAUAAUGGGGGUUCAUGCAAUUUACCUCAUUAGUCAGAACCAGUACAUUAAUCAUCCAGAAUUCUGAUGUUCUCCAAAUCCUAUGAAAAGUUCAGUUAGUGGUAACCGAACAUUUGAAGAAGCACGAGGGAGAUGGAUGAUAGUAUUUGAUCACCAAACUGAUGCACAAGAUUGAAGAAUUCAGGAGAGACCCUUCACAUGAUGUAUCACCCAUAUGUUGCAGUAACUCACUAGUUGUACCAAACACUGUGGGAGAUGAUACUAUUCACAAAUCUACCAGCCCCUCUUCAUUUUCAACGAGUUUUCGUCAUUCAAUGUUAGCGUGCAACAGCUGCAACUAUAGAUGGUAAUGACAACUGAAAAUUCAAAUUCCAUUGUCGCUGAAUAACAGACUCACGAGAUUGAUUGGGGACGCAAUGUGGUUCCUUGAUUAGCUGAGACACAGAGAUCGAUUAGUUACACAAUUUUUUUCACUAUCUAUUUGACAAAAUGUCAGAUUGAAUAGCUCAUUAGUUUUAUGUUUCAAAUGAUGAUCAGGCUCAUUAUUAAGGUCCAUGAUUUGGUGCACUCAACCAAUUUGGGUGCAUUCUUAUAUGUCAUGCUGUUAUGCUGUCAUCUUCUUCAUAUAGAACUGGAGACUGAUUGAAGUGAUCAAUUAAGUCUUAGCUUGUAGCCUUCAAAGUUCAUUAUAUCA